AGAAAUCCCAGAAUAUCUGUGAUAAGACGAAUGACAACCCACUCAUCAUACAAACCAGACUAUAUAAAGCACUCGAGAUGCUUCUGAAAACGAACCAACCAAAAUGCAGCCCUCCGGUAGACACUAUGUGGUGGUAAGACCUCUAUUUUCAGAGGACUCCUUCGCAGAGCAGCACGAGAGGAUCAACAGGAACCGCAAGACUCUGCGGCACCAUCUGAAAGACUAUUUCACAAGCUUGAGCAAAUUGUGUUUAUAUUGUUUGCACUGUAGUUGCGAUCGAAAUCGUGCAAAGAAUGCAGCUCUUUCCCUUCUACCGAUCAUUGGAUGGAUGAAGAACUACAACAUCAAAGAAUGGCUGCUAGGUGACAUUGUUUCAGGCAUCAGCACUGGGCUAGUGGCAGUGCUACAAGGACUUGCCUUCUCUUUGCUGGCCUCUUUACCUCCGGGAUAUGGACUGUACACUACAUUCUUCCCUGCAAUAAUCUACUUCUUUUUGGGAACCUCCAGACACCUGUCAGUAGGGGCCUUUCCCAUUCUGAGUCUAAUGGUGGGCGCUGUUGUCACCCGACUGGUUCCUGAUGGCGGGCCGCCAGCUAACAUCACUGGAUUUGAAGGACUGAGCAUGGAACAACAGAGGGUUCUAGUUGCUUCCUCGGUUACUUUUGUUAUGGGAGCAUUUCAGCUUAUAAUGGGGCUGCUGCAGGUGGGCUUCAUCGUCAUGUAUCUGUCAGAGACUCUGGUGUCGGGAUUCACUACUGCGGCUGCUGUUCACAUUCUGGUAUCCCAGCUCAGGUUUGUGUUGGGAUUGGACUUUCCUGGUGUAAACGGACCACUCGCCAUUGUCUAUACUCUGGAGAACGUUUUUAGAGACAUCACGAACACCAAUGUGGCCGACCUGGUGACAUCUAUUGUGAUCAUGGUGCUUGUGCUUAUUGCGAAGGAGAUCAAUGACAGAUUCAAGUCGAAACUACCUGUGCCCAUACCUAUAGAAGUCAUCAUGACCGUUAUUGCUUGUGGAGUCUCUUAUGCAUUCAACUUCGAAAACCGAUUUAAUGUGGUUGUGAUUGGGGAGAUGGUAAACGGCUAUGAAUCCCCAAUUGCUCCAAAUCUGGAAGUCAUCCAGGAGAGUGCAGUGGAGGCUUUUCCUAUGGCCAUAGUGGGAUUUGCUGUGGCUUUCUCAGUAGCUAAAGUCUACUCGAUCAAACAUGACUACACGAUUGAUGGGAACCAGGAGCUCCUUGCUUUCGGGGUGAGCAACAUGUUUGGGGCAUCUUUCCGAGCAUUUGCUGCCAGCACAGCCCUUUCUAGAACCGCUAUACAAGAGAGCACAGGAGGGAGGACGCAGAUAGCUGGAGUUCUUUCAGCCAUGAUUGUACUGAUUGUGAUUGUAGCAGUAGGAUUUCUACUUGAGCCAUUGCCCAGGUCUGUUCUGGGAGCUUUGGUCAUUGUUAAUCUGAAAGGCAUGCUGAUGCAGUUCCGAGAGCUGCCGUUCUUAUGGAAAAAUGACCGGACUGAUUUUGUGACCUGGGUGGUGACCUUCGUGGCCUCUCUUUUCCUGGGGCUGGAUUUGGGGUUGGCUGUGGGUCUCGGGGCAGAAUUGUUCACUGUGGUUUACAGGACUCAAUUCCCACGCUGUUCCCUCCUGGCCAAUAUUACAGGAACUGACAUCUACAGGGAUUGCAAAGACUACAACUGUAUUUACGAACCUGAUGGAGUUAAAAUAUUCAAAAUUCCCUCACCCAUCUUCUUUGCUAAUAUUGAUUUCCUCAGAGACAAACUGGUCCAAGCAGUGGGUUUUAGUCCCCUAAAGGUGUUGAAGAAAAGGAACAAAGCUCUGCGAAAGAUCAGAAAAAUGUUGCGUAAUGGAGAACUGGAAGUUUCAGAGGGUGGCCUUAAGGUGAGACAACCAUCAGCUGAUACUUCAGAGGACAACAGCAUGGAGGGUCUGGACCAGCCCAUUGAUUUCUCUGGCAUUCCAAUCCAGGUGAACUGGAACACAGAACUGCCGGCCAACAUCUCUGUCCCUGCUGUGAACAUCCACAGUGUGGUCCUCGACUUCUCGGCGGUCUCAUUCCUCGAUUUAUCUGCUCUCAAGGGCCUCAAAGCGACCCUGAAAGAGUUUUUACGAAUCGAGGUUGACGUCUACAUAGUCUCGUGUGAUGUGUACAUCAUGGAGAAACUUCAUCAAUGUUCAUUUUUUGAUGACGAGAUUAAGACGUCCAUCUUUUACCCCACACUACAUGAUGCCAUGUUGCACAUUCUGGAGACGCAUCCAGAUCACGGAGAACUAGAAAAGGAUCUAGACAUAAACUACGAAGUGAUUCAGAGAGACAGUAUAACUGUGUGA